AUGGAUAAACUUUUAGGCAGCAUUCGUCCGCUGGGCGCCGAGGUAAGGAGCAGGCCCGACGACAUCCCCGGCCUUUCCUCGUUGUCUCUGCCGGACGGGAACCACGCGCCGGCCCAUUGCAGGACGCUCUUUUCACCGGGCCCCGCUGUCGUUCACUCGCCUGUCACCAAUUUAGCUUUGGACAUGAACAAAUUGGUGGGACUCGGGAGCCAGGGUGAUACGCCGAAGAGGCGCGAGUAUGCGCGCCUGGAGAAGGCGCCCUCCUUCGCCUCGGAUGUCUCCUCUGAUGCUGGCCUCGGCAUGGAGUCCCCCAGUCCCAUCGACAUCCUGGAAAUGGAGGACGCGUUCGAGAAGGCCAUUCAGCAGUCCAGUAGAGUCGACCAGAAAAUGCCCCUCAGACGGAACAAUUCCUUACCGCUUCAGCUCCUUUGCUUCAGUCCGUCCCUGAAGGGGUCCCAAACGGAGGCUAAUCGCUACGGAAUAUUUGGCCAGCAGCCCGGCGGUGAGGCUGCGUCCCCGACUCAAUGGGACAACAAGGAAAACAUCUCCAAGGAGUGCUUUGAGUUCAAGAAGCCCAUCAAGCCGGCGUCCCGGCCCCGAAUGCGCUCCUUCGUUUCCUCCAGAGACGCUUUCGCCCAGCGCCCAGGCUCAGCGCCUGCCCUCAUGGUACGUCCAUCUGACUGCCAUGAUUCUGAUCCCAGUCCGCCGUUCCCGAGACUUUCUUCCCUGGCAUCCUCGCCCGACGAAGACGACGGCUUCCUUGAAGCGCUGGAUGACGACUCCAAGAAUACGGCCGAUGUGCCCCGAGGGAUGGCAGACUUGCUCACGGCGCCCCUAGUAGCCGACGGCUUCGGAGAGGACUCACCCGUGAUCCGCUGGCGGCCGCGCAGCCUCUUCCGCUCGCCGUCCGCACCUGGUCCGAGUACGUCUCGAGCCUGCGCCAAACGUCCCGACUGCCCGGACGACGACAACAUGCCCAUGCAGAUCAAGCGGCGCCGGAGCCUGUCAGGUUCCCGAGCGGAGGCGGACGACGCGGCAAUCGUCGACUCCCCCGCGACAACUCGCUCGCCGCUGCAGAGGUCCAAAUCCUUUUGUCAGUCGGAGAUUGACAGAGUUCUGGAGAGGAACGACGAAACCCCGGAUCUUAUCGGAGACUUUACCAAACCUUACGCACUGCCGACGGUGGACGGAAAACAUCAGGACCUCAAAUACGUCACGCCGGAAACGGUUGCGGCCGUCAUGAAGGGCGACUUCAGUCGCGUGGUGGAGCAACUCGUCAUCAUUGACUGCCGCUACCCUUACGAGUACAAUGGGGGGCACAUCAAGGGUGCAGUGAAUCUUUACCUGGAAGACGACGUUCAGGACUUCUUGUUGCGGACGCCGUUGGCGGCGCGGCCGGAGAAACGCGUCAUUGUGUUGUUUCACUGCGAGUUCUCGUCGGAGCGCGGGCCACGCAUGUGCCGCUUCGUGCGCCAGAAGGACCGCUCCCUCAACGACUACCCCAAACUCCACUACCCCGAACUCUACGUGCUAAAAGGAGGCUACAAGGAGUUCUUCCCCCUCUUCCAGACACAAUGCGAGCCAGAGUCGUACCGUCCCAUGAUGGACGAGGACUUCCGCGAGGACCUGAGGAAAUUCCGUCUGAAGAGUCGCUCCUGGGCCGGCGAGCGCAGCAAGCGGGACAUGUACAGCCGCCUCAAGAAGCUGUGA